AAGAUGUCAGCAUGACCAACGGGGCAGUUAAAUAUUACCAACCUCCGAACAAUGUUAAUACCAAAUGAUACUGAAGUACCCAUAGUCGAUCCGUCUGUUGCUCAAGGUGGAACGGAUGAUACAAGACUAAAUAUUGUCAACCUGAAAUCAGAGCUUCAAGAAAUAGCAGGAGAUGAUGCUACAAUCAUUAUUGAUAAACGAUUGCAUCCUAGUUUGGAUCAAUUACUUUUUACCGAAAAAAUACAAGAUAUAUCAGCAAUCAUCAGCGUUGUAAAAUGCGCAUCCUAUUUAUAUGAUAUGAAUACUGUAUCAAUGACCUUAAGUGACACUAUAGCUUUAGCCGUUUUGGAAAGAGGAUGUCCAAGACCUACUUUCGAUGUUGGAGUAGGAAUUCCAUAUAUCACAAAAACGUAUGACAUCGUGCCUUUACUUGUGGACCUGAGAAGUGACAACAGACUCAUUGAAAAAUGGGAUGAUAUAGUUAUACUUUAUGAUGAUACUAUAGAUCUCAAUUCCCUGGAGACAAUUGUGAGCAUGUUACAAUCAACUGGAACGAAAAAAAGAGCCACCACUUUAACAUUAUAUGGCGUAUGCCGAGGAGAACUAAUAUGUGAAGAUAUGACAACUGUGAUUCGAGAAUGUCUUACUCCUUACAUAGCAUCUGAUUCGCAGAAAUAUUUCAUGGUGCUGUCAAGAGAAAAAACUUUUAGAAAAAUUAUUGACCAAGCAAAAAAACUUACCAUGAUGGAGGCGGAAAGACAUUGGCUAUAUAUUGCUACCGAAGUGCCAAAUGACGUAGAGUUUGUAGAUGAUAUUACAAAUUUACCCCCUGAAUGUAAUAUGGCUUUAGUUUAUCCUGUAAGCCCGAAGCCUGAAGAAGAAGGCUGUUUGAAACCAAAAGGAUGCCAGCCAAGUCUAAUUUUAAAGGCGUAUGUUACAGCCAUUCGAGAAUUGAUUCAAAAAGGGCUGUACGAUAUGACUACCUCUGAAGCUAAAUCAAUGACAAAAUCAAAAAUACGUAGUUAUACGUUAGAGAAUUUGAAGAAAGAGACUGAUUGUGGUGGUUGUUUUAUGGCAAUGAUUAAAACAACAGCAUAUCUCAAGCCAAAGACUGAAACAGCAGAAGCUCUAAGUGAUUAUGAAACUGUUGGCACUUGGAGCUUAUUGGGUGGUAUUCAGAUGAAUGGACCUCUUUACCCUCUAAGCACCGGAAAUUUAAGAGGAAAGCUGGUUAGAAUAGGCAUCUUUCAUUCUCCUCCAUGUGCAGUUAUCCAUGAAGAUGGUCCAAAAACUACGUACAGUGGAUUAGCCGUUGAUUUCAUCACAGCUUUAUCAGAUGAGAUGAAUUUUACGUAUAAUUUCAUCGCUCCACCUGAAGAGCAAUCUGGAUAUAAGAAAAGGAAUGGUGAAUGGACUGGAUUAAUAGGACAAAUAACACGAGGGGAAGUAGAAUUUGUUGCCCACUGCUUUUUCGUGACACCGGAGCGGCUCGAAGCAGUUAAUUUUACACAUGCAGUAGAUAUAAUGGCUUACACAUUUCUGACGAAAAGACCAGAACAAGAACAUAAAUAUUUAUUUUUAGCACCAUUUACAAACGAUACAUGGCUUUGCGUUUUUAUUACUGUAUUGAUCGUCGGACCAGUAUUAUGGCUUGUUCAUCGAGCAAGUUAUUACUAUAGGUUUUACAACUUAGUUGAGAAAGGUGGUCUUUUUGAUUUUAGCAAUUGUGCGUGGUACGUAUUUGGUGCUAUUGUUCAGCAAGGUGGAAUUCAUUUACCACUCGCAUAUUCAGGACGUAUAUUAGUUGGUUUUUGGUGGCUAUUUGUAAUAGUCACCGUAGCAACAUACAGUGGAAAUCUUGUUGCUGUUUUAACAUUCCCGAAAAUAAGGAGUCCAAUCAACACGUUUGAAGAUCUAUUAGCAAAUCAAAGAAGCAUUAAAUGGGGCGUUCUUGAAGGUGAAGGACUUAUUGAAAAACUAAGAACUUCAACAUCAGAAACUUAUAGAAACGUUGGAAAGCGAUUGGUUAUUCUCAAACAAGAUGACAAACCAAAAUGGAUGAAGAAAAUAAAAGAUAAUGAUCUCGUACUUAUAGCUUCAAGAUUUGAACUGCUUGAAAUAAUGGGUAAAUCAUACAAUGAAACAAAUAAAUGUUAUUAUGCUGUUGGUGCUGUUGAUGUUCAUGCAGAAAGCGUCUCACUAGCAGUUCGAAAAAACUGGCCAUACUUAGAGCAUGUAAAUUCUGAGGUAGAAAGAUUAUUUGAAUGUGGCAUUUUUCUAAAAUGGAAAAGAGAUGCUUCUCCACCUGAUAAUGAAUGUACAUUGGCAUUAAAACCACAAGCAGGAGAUACCAGAGAAAUUAAUGUUUCUCAAAUGGUUGGAUCUUUCUAUAUUUUAAUGUUUGGACUAUGUGGCUCAAUUCUUUUCCUAAUGUCAGAACUUGUUUACAUUUUAUGUCGAAACAAAGGACAUUUCCCGGCUAAUAUGCGUGUUAUGCAUUCAAAGAGAUCCAAAUUUAUAAUUCCCUUCCUGAAUGCAGGAUCCCAAAAAAUUAAUAAAAAAGAUAACUUUAUGCAAUCUAGAAUGUAUCCUGGUAUAAGAGAUCUUGAUAAAGUGAAAAACAGAAAGCAGAAAAAGAAUGCUACUUCAUUUAGCAAUGGUACUGAUAAUAGAGGAUUCAGCAAGGAUGAGUGGAAUAAUCGACGCAGCACUAUGAAUUCCGACGUAAGAUUAGAUGAAUACGGACGAAGAGACAUCUAUAACAAUUACGACAGUGACAAUGCUGAAAGGACGAAUUUUGGAGGAGAAUAUACUAAUAACAAUUCGUUCGCAAUUAGAAGAAGUUAUGAGAAUGCUGAAAGAAACACUCAAGCUAAUGAGCAAUCAAGAUAUGGAAAUAAUGAUUCAUAUUUCACUUACGAAAAUGGGGAUCAUCAGCGUCAAUAAGAAAGAUGAUUCUCAAUGAAUAAUUUAAACAUAAUAUAUAUUUUUGCUUUAUACAAGACGCUUUGCAACAGCAUUUUUAUGUAAAGAAAUGUAAAGGCGUUGCACGCGGCGAAAAGUGAAAAAUUUAGAUUAGAUACUUGUUUAUAUGAAGCAUUGUCUUUAUAAAUAUUUAUCAUAAUUUUCUUUGUAAAACGAAGAAUUAAUAAAAUAUGCCUUUUUCACUUUC